AUGAUGGAUGCGCCGCUGAAUCACACUCAGCCGCGUCAGCCCAAGCCGCGCCGGUUGUCGCUGUGCGGCGGUUUGGUGCUGCUGCUGACCACGGCCACGCUGUAUCUGCUGGUUGCGCUGCGAUACUCGGACGCGGCGCCUCUCCCGUUUUCCUGGAUCGCACCACCACAUGGCGUGGUCGAUACGACAGAUUCAGCUCCGAGCGACGACAGUGAUCCCUUUGCGCUGCACCCAGAACUUCAUAAUUCUCGUCUUCCGCGCACACUGAAGCUCAACUGGGACAUCACGCGACAGCAGCAUCGCCCGGAUGGCGUCCUGAGAUAUGUAUACUUCAUCAACGGUCAAUUUCCCGGUCCAACAAUAGAAGCGCGUUCUGGCGAUGAGCUGCAAAUUACCGUUACGAAUAAGAUCUUCAACGAUACCGAUGCAGGCAUCGCCAUGCAUUGGCAUGGUCUCCUGAUGAAGGAUGCCAACGAGAUGGACGGCGUGACGGGAGUAACGCAGUGUGGCAUACCUGAGGGCCAGUCUUUUACAUACAACUUUCGAAUUGACCCAGCGCAGCACGGCACCUACUGGUAUCAUGCGCACUCUGCUGUCAAGCGUGCCGACGGCCUUUACGGCGGCCUGAUUAUUCACAAGCCGGCUGACGAGCAGACCGGGCAGACCGAUUUGUCGCGGCAUGAGUAUGACGCAGAGAGACUACUUCUCGUCGGCGACUGGUAUCAUCGCAGCGCAGACAAGGUUCUGGGCGAAUACAAAAACUACCAAAACUUUGCAUACGAGCCUGUGCCAGACUCACUCCUUAUCAACGGCGUGGGGUCCUAUAAUUGCUCCAAUGCGCGCCCAGCACGGCCGAUAGACUGCAUAGAGACAAAUGUUCCAGUGCUCGCCAUGUCAGGCGACAAAGCCAUUCGUCUUCGCGUCAUCAACACUGGUGCCGCCGCGGGCCUGUCCUUUCAGCUGCAGAACGGCACCAUGCAACUACUUACCGUCGAUGGUGGCGGAUAUGUCUCUGUAGACACGCCGCAAACGCCUACUAUGGGUGUCCUGUACCCGGGAGAGCGGAUGGACAUUCUUUUGCUCCCAAGUGACGCACCGGCAGAUGAUGAGCAUUUCCUAGACACGGAACUCAAAAUUGUUUUGGACGCCGAACUGAUGCCCAUGAAAAAUUGGGCACUCACCCGCAUCCAAGACUUUCCCCUACAGUGGCGUAGAUCGAGCGCAUCCACCCAUGUGCGACAUGACAUCCGAAAAAAUGUCGAGGUUUUUAACAUGAAAGAUGCGCACGGCACCGAGACAUCCUCGGAUUCAGGUGUUCGCAAAGAACCAGCCGAGACGGCGCUGCUGUAUACCAGUCUCGCUAUUAACAACUUUAGACACGAUGAGCCCUGGGGUGAGGUCAACCACACUUCAUGGGUGUGGAAAGAUCCCAAGGCCAAGCCUUUACUGGCUCUCAACAGGGAUGAGUGGGCAAAUGGAACGCAGCAGGCGAAUACCCUCCGCACAUUCCGUGCGCCCUGGUACCAAGAUGGCCAGGACAGGUGGAUCGAUCUGGUAGUCAACAAUGUCGACGACAAGGGCCACCCUUUUCACCUGCACGGAUAUGCGUUUCAUGUUAUCGGCGCCCGCCAACUUGACCUGGGUCGCUCUUAUAAUCCUUAUGAGCCCGGCGCGACCGCAGAGGAAGCCAAAUACUUCAACACUGAGACGCCGCUUUUCAAAGACACUGUAUAUGUUCAAUCCCGCGGCUACGUUGUUUUGCGAUUCCCGCUGGAUAAUGCCGGCGUAUGGCUCAUGCAUUGUCACGUCCUCUGGCAUCAGGCAGUGGGCAUGGGUGUUGUGCUACAGAUUGGCAAUAUUACCGACUCGAUGCAGCAGAGAGCCGGCCGGACGUGCAUCGCAUAA